AUGGCUAAACCGGAAUUCCGCGUUCGGGAUGGCACGUCCGCCGAUAUCCCAGCUGCAGCCGAGAUCUUCAUGGCCGCCUUCGGUGACGACUGGAUCGCAAACACAAUGCACCCCCACCGGCGCGAGUUCCCAGAUGACUGGCGCGCCUGGGCCAACCGGUUCUUCUACGCCAGGUACUGGGGUCCCGAACAGCAGCUCUUCUACGUCCUCACCAUCCCGGACCCCGCCGCGCCCUCCGGAGAGCGUAUCGUCGCCUUCGCGUGGUGGCGCCGACCGUACCCCACGCCCGCCGAAAAGGCCGCCCACGAGGGCAACCUCACCAUCCGCGGCUGGCUGAAGCCGAUCCUCCUGGGUCUCAACAGCCUCUCCGGCUACCUCUGGCCAUGCCGGUCCAUGGAUCCGGAGAUGGUCAGCGCGUUCGACGACUCUCAUAUCGCCAGCGAUCCCAUCAAGAAUGACCCGGAGCACCCGAAGCGCAAGAACGCGUGGUACCUCUCGACGCUGGGCGUCAGCCCGGAGUUCCAGGGUAAAGGAUACGGGUCGGUUCUUGUCAGGCACAGCCUGCGCCGCGUCGACGAGGAGGGCGUACCGGCGUGGCUCAUUGGGCUGAAGGGCGUCGAACCCUUUUAUGAGCGGCUGGGCUUCGAGGUCAAGGGCAGGGCGAACGUCGGCAGGUUGGCGGAGUGGGACGGCGGUUCCAUCAUGUUCAGGGAAUGA